AUGCACCGUGAUGACUGCCACAAAGCGGGGACAGCAUCUCGGGCGGCGCGAGCGGCACCAUCUUUUCCAGCAGCCGCCGAAAGCUCGGUUGUAAUGGAAACUGGGGGCGAUGCCAGCACAGCCCCUCCGCGCAGGGGAGGCGGCGGCGGCGAGUUAACAACUGCUGGUGUAGCAGAAGCCGCCGGUUUCCAAGCGGCCGCCGCUCGCCCACCGGCUCCUGCGGGGGGAAAGGAUAUGAAUAUGGAUGGUGGGCCAGGCAACGCUAGUCGAGGAGGCGGCGGCGGCGGCGUGGAUCCUGCUGCAGUGCCGAAAGGAGGCAGAACCGCGGCCCCCGCCCCCUUUCCCCGUGUGCCUUACGCCAAAGAUCCCAAAACAGCCCACCAGCGCUUUCUGCGGAGGAGUGUGGUGGAUUCCGAUCAGGAGGAGCCCCUUUUUGAGCCCGCGGUGCCGCAGCAGCAGCAGCCCAAGAAGAUCCUCAUCCUCUCCAAACCCAGGCGGAUAAUCGCGGAGAAGGCGAAAGCGGGGCAGAGGCCCGUGGUGGUGGAGGAGACGCGGCCGGGAGAGGAGCCCGCCGUCCAGGUGAAGGAGGUGGCCGCCGAGAGGCUCCCGGCAGGUGACCAGGCGAAGGAGGGCGGCAGCAAGGAGGAUGCCGGGAAAAAAGAGGUGCCCGAAUCUUCCAAGGAUCAGGUCAAGUCCAAGAAAGAGGAGGCCGAAGAGGAGGAGGAGGCCGAUAUGAAAGCGGUGGCCACCUCCCCCGAUGGCAGGUUCCUAAAGUUUGAUAUUGAACUUGGUAGAGGAUCUUUCAAAACUGUCUACAAGGGGCUCGACACGGAAACGUGGGUUGAGGUUGCUUGGUGCGAACUUCAGGAUCGAAAGCUGACAAAAGCAGAACGGCAAAGAUUUAAAGAAGAAGCAGAAAUGUUGAAAGGUCUUCAGCACCCAAAUAUUGUUAGGUUUUAUGAUUUUUGGGAGUCAUGUUUAAAAGGAAAAAAGUGUAUUGUCCUAGUAACAGAACUGAUGACCUCCGGAACUCUGAAAACCUAUUUGAAGAGAUUUAAAGUGAUGAAACCAAAAGUUCUUCGUAGCUGGUGUCGGCAAAUCCUAAAAGGUCUUCUUUUUCUGCACACUCGAACACCACCAAUUAUUCAUAGAGAUUUAAAAUGUGACAAUAUUUUUAUAACCGGGCCAACUGGAUCUGUGAAGAUAGGAGAUUUGGGUCUGGCAACACUUAAGAGAACUUCAUUUGCCAAAAGUGUCAUAGGUACUCCAGAAUUUAUGGCCCCAGAAAUGUAUGAAGAACACUAUGAUGAAUCAGUGGAUGUAUAUGCUUUUGGAAUGUGUAUGUUGGAAAUGGCUACCUCAGAAUAUCCAUAUUCAGAAUGCCAGAAUGCUGCUCAAAUAUAUAGGAAAGUAACCUCUGGUGUCAAACCAGCAAGUUUUGAUAAAGUUACUGAUCCUGAAAUUAAGGAGAUAAUUGGAGAGUGUAUUUGCAAAAAUAAAGAAGAGAGAUAUGAAAUUAAAGAUUUAUUAAGCCAUGCCUUCUUUGCUGAGGAUACUGGGGUGAGAGUGGAACUUGCAGAAGAAGACGAUGGUAGUAAAUCCUCUAUUGCCUUAAGACUCUGGGUAGAAGAUGCUAAGAAAUUGAAAGGGAAGUCCAAAGAUAAUGGAGCCAUUGAGUUUACUUUUGAACUGGAGAAAGAAACUCCUGAUGAUGUUGCACAAGAAAUGGUUGAUGCCGGAUUCUUUCAUGAAAGUGAUGUCAAAAUAAUUGCAAAAUCAAUACGUGACAGAGUAGCCUUAAUACAAUGGAGAAGAGAGAGGAUUUGCCCUGUGUUGCAUUCAGAAGAUCAUCGGGAUCCUGAGAGCUUAGAAAAAACGAAGGCCACACAAGCACAACCACUUCAGAUUAUACACACUUCUCAUGCGGGUCAACAGAUUCCAUCAGAACCAGACGAGCCUGAAGUGGACCAGCAUCUUUCUCAACAAAAUCUGCCCACAAGCAUCACUUCACUUGCAUCCGAUAGCACAUUCGACAGUGGUCAAGGAUCAACUGUGUACUCAGACUCCCAGAGUAGCCAGCAAAGUGUGAUCUACUCGUCGAUUCCUGAUGCAAUACCUCCAGCUGUUCAGCGUGUUUAUAGUCCACCUCUCAGUGAGAGCCAGACUUUGCCACAUGGUCUUCAGCAGAUAGGGCCCUACCAGCAACCCUCAGUACCUGGACUUCCAGUGGUUCAGGGUCCAACUGCUGCUGUGCCUCCACGGCCACAACUCUAUCCAGAACCAGCAAUUCCAUUUCCUAUUGUCCAUCCCACCUCAGUUGCCCCUGUGCAGAUGAGACAACCUCAGCCUGUAUUAGUCAGCCAGCAGCAAUCCAUCUCAAGCCCAGCUCCUUUACAACAAGUUCUCAGCAACCAGCCCGUGUGCCCAGUACAGCAACCUGCAUCUCACCUAUUAUCCCAGUUUCAAAUGCCCAGUUCUCAUAUGGCAGCUACCAGUGCACCGCUGGGACCUCUGCAGGUUCCCCCUGUGCAAUCACUUCCACCAGUUCCACCUGCUCAAAUUCCUCAGUUUCCCAUCAUUCCUGCAGUCACCCCUCUGACAGGACUUGACAGUCAUCCUUCAAACCUGUCUGAUAUACCUGCUGCAAAUAUGCCCCCCACCCCUGCUCCUUCUCAAUAUUUUCCUUCAGCUGUGAUAAUACCUGUGAACUCAGCUCUGCCACUGUCAUCAAAUUCCCCUGCCCUCCCCAUGCAAGCAGUCAACCUUCCUCAUGCUAAUGUGGCUCCCUUGGUCUUACCCUGCCAAACAAUUGUGCCAAAUAUGCCGGCUGCUCCAGUACCAUUACUUCCUAUGCCUCCGCCGGGAGUGUCAGCUUUACCAACACAUCAUGCGGCAGCCCAGCUCUCCCAACAACAAAUAUACCAGGCAACCCUCCAGCAGAUAAUACAGAACGAAGCUAUGUCUUCUCCCCUCCACACCCAGAAUAUGCAAGCAGUUUCACAACAGCAGCAACAGAUGCUGUCUUCACUUCCACAGUCACUUCAGCCAAGCCUAAUUCAACCUUCAGAACAGGCUAUGUCUGCUUCUGGGGCUGGUAAUCAGAUUAUUGGACAUCCUCAGUACACUGUGGAUAUUGGAACCCAUAUACCUGCAUUGCCAGUGCAGGCUUCUGGCAUUAUAUCACCACCAUUGCAAUUGCAGCCUGAAACAAUGCUGCCCUGCAUUGCUUCAGAUGGACUUUCACAAAGCAAUCUUGGCACAACCAAUUCAGCAAUGUUGGCAGAUCAUGGAUUGCCCCUUCAGUGUUCUACUUACCCGCAAUCUCAGUCAGAGAGUCACCAACUUCCUGGCCAGCAGGUUCCAACUACAUGUCCAGCUGUCCCAGUAGCUUCAGAACCUCCUCAAGAGAUGCAAGCCGUACUGGAGAAACAGCAGUCACUGUCACAGAGCUGUGAAAGUUAUAUGAGUCCUGAUGUUGCUUCUGGUAAAGAAAUGAGUGACAGUUUUGAAGGAACAAGUGGAGGUGGGAAACAAGAAGGAAAACCUUCAAAGAAACAUAAAAAAUCAGCACGUGCUCGUUCACGUCAGGAAAAAUCAAAUAGGCCGAAGCUUACCAUUUUAAAUGUGUGCAAUACAGGGGAUAAGAUGGUGGAAUGCCAACUAGAAACACACAAUCACAAGAUGGUCACUUUUAAAUUCGAUUUAGAUGGUGAUGCUCCAGAGGAAAUUGCUACAUAUAUGGUUGAAAAUGAAUUUAUACUACCAACUGAGAAAGAGAUAUUUAUUGAGCAACUGAAAGAAAUUAUUGACAAAGCAGAAGAUAUGCUUAGUGAAGAUACUGAAGGGGAACGAAGUUCUGAUCAAGGUGUCAGCCCUCAACAAGAUACCUACAAGCUUGAAAGCAAUGAGGAGAAUCGCCAAUCCCAUGCAAGAGCGCCCAUCUACCAACAGAAUGUUCUGCACACUGGAAAACGUUGGUUUAUCAUUUGUCCCGUUGUGGAAAAUCAAGCUGCUGAAGUACCAGAAGUCUCUCCUCAUGUGCCUCAAAGUGCAAAGCAGUCUGAUGCCCCAGGUCUGGAACUGUUGGAUGAUCAGCAACGGAGCUCUGCAGUGACAGAAAAACAAACAAGCAUAGCUUAUCAACAUAUUUCUAAUCAACUGAGCUCCAAUGAGUGUCCCAGGGGAACUCCUCCUCCUUCUUUAACACAAGUUUCUGUUCCAUCUUCAUUAACUUCCCUUUCACAGGUCCAUCCAAUGUUAGCUUCAACCACAUUAGAAAAAAUUCCUGAACGUAUAAGUCACCUAGAAUGCCCUUUGCCACAAUCAGUCUUAGCCAGUCGGGUUGACACCCCUGCCCAUACUACAGCUACAUCUGAAGAACAUUUCGAGGAUAAGGUCUCUCUAAAUACCUCACAGUACACAGUACAAAAGAAAGAUGAGAAAAUUUGUUUUCCCAAUAUAGAACAUGAACACAGCACAGCUGGACUGCCAAAACCAUUUCAGUCUGUUCCUGUGCAGACAACAGAAAGUUCUUUCCCUGUCAUCUCUGAUGCUCCUGUUUUGGAACUUCAGUCUUCAACCCAACCCCCCAGUUUGUCAGACAAUAUUCAGCUUGGCCAGAUAUCACAUUCUUUUGUAGACCAGAUACCUCCCAUGCCUGCUGUCUCUGAACUUCCGGUGUCAGAAACAUCUCAACUUUCAAGUCCUCCUCACCUCUCAACAGCUGUAUCCCAAUUGCAUAUGCCAACCCAGUCCCAGCCGGUUGCAUCCACUGGCUCUGCCGUGACUGCAGCUCAACCACCUUCUAUGGUAGAAUCAGAUGGUGAAGGGCCACCAAGAGUUGAUUUCACUGACAACACAAUAAAAAGUUUGGAUGAGAAACUUCGCAACCUGCUGUAUCAAGAGUAUAUUCCAACAUCAUCUGCUUCAGCAGCAACACCAGACCAAGUGGAUGGUGAAUUUAAUUUGGCACCUUUUUCUGCGCUUGUAUUAGAUUUGAAAAUACCUGGCGUUGGCUUGGAUGCUCACAUGGUGGAAAAUCAACCCUCUCCAAUUCUGGUAGAACAAUCUGAUGUUACAUGCACCGGGAUCCAGCAUUCAGAAAUAAACAAAGCAGGUAGUAGAGCAGGUCAAGAUGUAAAUGUCAGUUCACCUACUGCUAUCCUAACAUCAGGAUACACUCAGGUUGUUUCUUCUUCACUUACAGCAGACCAGAAGGACAUUGCCAAGAAAAACAAAUAUGAAAAGGAUGGUUCUAUAGACUCCAAUGUCAAAGAAGCAGAAACACCAGCAAAAACUAUAGGCAGAUUUUCAGUGAUCAGCACUCAGGAUGAAUUAACUUUAUCAUCUGUGCAUUGCUUGAGGUAUUCUGCACCCCCAGAUGUUUAUCUGGACAAUCAGCCUUCUAGCCCUGAUAUAAAGUCAUCUCUGCGCCGUGUGCAGACAGCUUCCUCUUUUGAUGUCCUUUAUGGAAAGGAUUCCAGUGAUUCUGGAGAUGAAUCUUUUCCAGGAAAACAAGAUGGGUCUCCAAUGUCACCUCAGAUCAGUAGACUGGGAAACGACAUUAAAAAGACUUCUUGUAAUCUCCAAAAGUCAGUAAAGUCAAGUUCACAGGGCCUUAAUUCUCCAAAUGGUCAUGGAUCAAAAAUACCAACUAUCAACAUAACUUCUUUCCAUUCUCAGUCAUCAUAUGUGAGUAGUGACAAUGACUCAGAGUUUGAAGAUGCAGACAUGAAAAAAGAAUUGCAGAGCCUGAGAGAAAAACACAUGAAAGAAAUUACUGAGUUGCAGUUCCAACAGAAAAAAGAAAUAGAAGCUUUGUAUCUUCGUCUGGGAAAACCACUACCACCCAAUGUCGGAUUCCUUCAUUCUGCUCCACCAAGUGGCCGCCGAAGAAGAACAAGCAAGCACAAAUUAAAAACUGGGAAAUUGCUAAACCCCGUUGUCCAGCAGCUCAAAACAUCAAGUACAAGUAUGUUUACAAGCAAUAUAUCAGAGCAUAAAGACCCUUUGGCUAAGGGAAGCACUAGAGCUCAAACAGACUCUACUGAAGCAACAGGACUGACUGUGUCCACAUCAGCCAUACUUGAGAGCUCAGUUCAGACUCAGCAACCUUGUUCUGUCAAGGCUUCAUUAUCCUCUGACAUUUGCUCUGGAGUAGUUUCUGAAGGAGGUGAUGUCCGUGGAAAUUCUGGACAAGGCUGGACGGUUUUCCACCAAACGUCUGAGAGAGUGACCUAUAAAUCUAGUAGCAAACCUCGUACCAGAUUCCUCAGUGGACCUGUGUCUUUGUCCAUCUGGUCCACACUGAAACGACUAUGUCUAGGCAAAGAUCACAGUAGUAGAUCUUCAGCAAACAGCCUUGUAGCAUAUCCAGAUCCUCUACCACAAACAACAAUACAGGUUCAGGUACAAGCCAACAACAGUAACAACAAGAAAGGAACCUUCACAGAUGAUCUCCACAAAUUGGUGGAUCAAUGGACAAGCAAAACCAUGGGAGCUGUACAAGCAAAGCCAUCCUUAAACCAACUUAAACAGAAUCAAAAACGGCAAGACAUGGAGCCCAAGGCUAAUCCCACGCAGACACAGAAUGAGACCUGUGGAAUUAAUGCAGCAAGAACAGCAAUGGGGAAAAAGUGUGUUGUUCCAGUGACUUGUCCACUGUCAGCUGCAUUAACUUCUGGAGUUCCACCAUCCCAGCCAGUGCCUAUGCCAGGUACUCUCCUAACUGGCCCAGUCAAACCUUAUGUGAUGCCUCUUGGUCAGUAUGGAGGAGUUCUCCCUACGACCUUCUUUGGAGUGCCCUGGUCGGGCCCAACCACUCAGCCGGGGAUAAGAGGAGGCCAGAGCAUUGCACAGUUUCCAGCUCUUGGCCCCAAUAGCUUCCAGUUGUUUCCAGUGCCCCUGCAGAGGCCCUAA